UGUCUAUCUUCAUCUUUGCCUUAUCACUUCAUCUAUGAUCUAUCUGUCUCCCACAUAUUCCCUCUCCAACAGUUUUGUUCCUCUCUCUCUUUCCUCUGUUUUUUUUUAUUUGUUCCAUUUGGAUCUCUUCAUGUGGAUCUCUCUUUCGAGGCAGAUCAGUCCGGCGAAGAGUCACUAUCUUUUGCAGAUUAGUCCGACCAAGAUCAUCAUGAAGUUAGGCAGAUCAGUCCGGCGAAGAUCAACUCCCUCCUUCUCUCUCUCAAGCCGUAUAAUCCACCAGUGAUCUCUGCUUUCUCUUUCGAUCCUCUUUGAAACCCUCACUCAAAGGAUGAGUGAGACAGAGAAUGCUGCCACAAAGAACCACCAAUCCCUUGACAUCUCCUUUGAUAUCCUUCCACUCAGCAACUCCUCCAAAUGCUUCGACGACGACGGCCGCCCCAAACGAACCGGGACUGUUUGGACCGCCAGCGCUCACAUUAUAACGGCCGUGAUUGGAUCUGGGGUUCUUUCCCUGUUCACCCUAGCCUGGGCCAUAGCUCAGCUGGGAUGGAUAGCUGGUCCGACCGUUAUGUUAUUGUUCUCAUUUGUAAGUUACUACACCGCGGUUCUCCUCGCUGACUGUCACCGGUCCGGCGACCCUAUAACUGGACGCAGAAACUAUACUUACAUGGAAGUCGUACAAUCCAAUCUCGGUGGGUUUCAGGUCAAAAUGUGUGGCCUAAUUCAGUAUUUGAAUCUGUUUGGAACUGCAGUUGGGUACACUAUUGCAGCAUCUAUAAGCAUGAUGGCGAUCAAACGAUCAAAUUGCUUCCACGCCAGUGGCGGGAAGAACCCGUGUCAAAUAUCAAGCAACCCAUACAUGAUCUUGUUUGGCACCACAGAAAUUAUAUUUUCUCAGAUUCCAGAUUUUGAUCAGAUAUGGUGGCUCUCAAUUGUGGCCGCUGUCAUGUCUUUUACCUAUUCUUCAAUAGGCCUCGGCCUUGGAAUUGUCAAAGUUGCUGAAAAUGGAACAAUUAAGGGUAGUGUUACUGGUAUAAGCAUUGGAAGUGUAACUCAAGCCCAAAAGAUAUGGGGAAGCUUCCAAGCUCUCGGAAACAUAGCUUUUGCCUACUCAUAUUCAAUGAUCCUCAUCGAAAUUCAGGACACAAUUAAAUCACCACCAUCAGAAUCAAAGACGAUGAAAAAGGCGGCAUUGCUAAGCAUUGCUGUGACAACAGCCUUCUAUAUGCUCUGUGGCUGCAUGGGCUAUGCAGCAUUCGGGGACGUUGCACCCGGUAAUCUCCUCACCGGUUUCGGCUUCUUCAACCCUUAUUGGCUCCUUGACAUUGCCAAUGCCGCCAUAGUCAUCCACCUUGUCGGGGCCUACCAAGUCUACUGCCAACCACUUUUCGCAUUUGUAGAAAAAUGGGCAGCCCAUAAAUGGCCUCAAAGCAAAUUCAUCAGCAAGGAAAUCAAAAUUCCUAUCCCGGGUCUUGGCCACUAUAACUUAAACCUCUUUCGAUUGGUAUGGAGGACGAUUUUCGUGAUAAUUAGUACUGUUUUGUCAAUGGUUUUGCCUUUUUUCAACGACAUUGUGGGACUUCUGGGGGCGAUUGGUUUUUGGCCUUUAACAGUGUAUUUUCCGGUGGAAAUGUAUAUCGCACAGAAGAAGUUGCCGCGGUGGAGUACCAAAUGGGUAUGCCUCCAAAUGCUUAGCAUUGCUUGUCUUAUAAUCUCAGUCAUGGCUGCUGUCGGUUCUAUUGCUGGUGUUGUGCUUGAUCUCAAAGUUUAUAAGCCAUUCCAAACUAGUUUCUAAAUCACCAUUGUUUUUUUUUUGUUUUUCUAAUCAAUGGUAGAGGAAUUAAGGGACUAGCUCAAGUUGAAUGUUCAUAGCUACGUGGUGGUGUUGGUGAUGUUCAUUUGUAAUUUCACUAUGGUUUCCUUAACAGUUUCUUGUUUUGAAAUUAGUAUUUCAAGGAGAGGCAAAACCUUUGUCAAGUAAUUAAAUUAUUGGGUUAGUUGGUACAUCA